AUGGUUGAUUUUGCAAAGUCAUUGUUUGGAUUUGGUGGGUUUCACAAGAAUGCUGCAGUAUCCAAUGAAAGAAGUCAAUCUUUGAAUAGUCCAACUCCACCUGUGGACCAAACGCAACAAGAUGAGAAACUUCAUCAUCAACAACCUUCAAUGUCCUCAUCAGGAACUUUAUUCCCAAAUUUCCAACAAACUUCUAAUCCUACAACUGCAUUGAGUGAUAACUCAUUUGUUUAUGGAACUACAGCAAAACCUAAUCAAUAUCAACCACAAGAAGUGUUUUCAACAAGUGCAGGAAAUAAUGAAUCAUCAGCAAAUCCUAAGCCAAUUUUACCUUCCACCAUUUCAGAUGAUGGAACUCCAAAUUCAAAUAUUCCAAGAGGUAAAUUAAAAGUUACCAUAAUUGAAGCUAAAAAUCUGCUCACUAAAAAUGCAAAUGCUCAACCAUAUGUUGUUUGUACUUUUGAAAGCUCAGAAUUUAUUACACAUGGACCUGAAAGUGUUGAUAAUCACCCAGCUUCAGUGGGGAACUCAAAUGGAGGCCAUAAAAGAGAUAAAUCAAUUCCUGCAGCUACUAGUAAAAGACCAUUAUAUUCAAGACAAUCAUCAUCCCAAUUUUUAAAUAGACAAAGAUAUCAACAACCAAACAACUCUAAUAAUAAUACAACUCAUUCAAAUCAAGAUGAAUCAUCAUUACCAAAUAGUUCAAAUCCCGUAUGGCAUCAUGAAACAAUAUUUGAUGUUAUUGGAUCUCAUUCAGAAUUGGACAUUUCAGUCUAUGAUUCUGAUGAAACAUUUUUAGGUCAUGUUAGAUUAAGACCAACUACACUAUCAAAUCAUAAAAACAUUGAAUGGUUUAAAUUAAAUUCAAGAGUUGAUGGUGAAAAUAUUGAAGGUGAAAUCAAAGUUAGUUGGGAUUAUUCAAUAACAAGAAAAAGACAUUAUGGACCUGAAGAUUUUGAAAUGUUGAGAUUGUUGGGUAAAGGUACAUUUGGACAAGUUUUCCAAGUUAGAAAAUUAGAUACUGAUCGUAUCUAUGCUAUGAAGGUGUUGUCUAAAAAAGUUAUUGUUCGUAAAAAGGAAAUUGCUCAUACUAUUGGUGAACGUAAUAUUCUUGUUAGAACUGCUGGUGCUUCAUCUCCAUUCAUUGUGGGAUUAAAAUUUUCAUUUCAAACUCCAACUGAUUUAUAUCUUGUUACUGAUUAUAUGAGUGGUGGUGAAUUAUUUUGGCAUUUACAAAAAGAAGGAAGAUUUAGUGAGGAACGUGCUAGAUUUUACAUUGCAGAAUUGGUUCUUUCACUAGAACAUUUACAUGACAAUGGUAUUGUUUACAGAGAUUUAAAACCUGAAAACAUUUUGUUGGAUGCUAAUGGUCAUAUUGCAUUAUGUGAUUUUGGAUUAUCAAAAGCUGAUUUAUCAACAGGUGACACAACAAAUACAUUUUGUGGUACCACUGAAUAUUUAGCUCCAGAAGUUUUAUUAGAUGAAGCUGGAUAUACUAAAAUGGUUGAUUUUUGGUCAUUAGGUGUUUUAAUUUUUGAAAUGUGUUGUGGUUGGUCUCCAUUUUAUGCUGAAAAUACUCAACAAAUGUAUAAAAACAUUGCAUUUGGUAAAGUUCGUUUCCCAAAAGAAGUUUUAAGUCCAGAAGGUCGUUCAUUUGUUAAAGGAUUAUUAAAUAGAAAUCCAAGACAUAGAUUAGGUUCACAAAAUGAUGCACGUGAAUUAAAAGCUCAUCCAUUUUUCCAAGAUGUUGAUUGGGAAGCUUUAAAGCAAAAGAAGAUACCACCUCCUUUCAAACCACAUUUAUCAUCAGAAACUGAUACAUCAAAUUUCGAUCCAGAAUUCACUAAUACAAGUGCAUCAUUAAUUAAUAAACAAUUCCAUUUAGCAUCAACACCAUUAAGUCCAGGAGUUCAAGCUAAUUUUAAAGGUUUUACAUUUGUUGAUGAAUCCACAAUGGAAGAUUUCCAUACUAAAAGAGCUCAACAAGCUAGUUUCCGUGAAUUUGGUUCAUUUAUUCCUGGUAAUCCACAUUUACCACCUACUGAAGAUGUUAUUGAAGAUGAAGAAGAACCAAAUGAAGAUAACUUUGUUGAUAACGAUGGUGAUCAUGAGAUGGAUGAUCAAUUUGUUAAUGGCCAAUUUGAUCUGUGA